GCUGCAUGCCCAGCAGAGAGCCGGGGAGCACAGACAGACGAGGGGCACGAGGGCCCGAGCACCCUCGCCUCUUCCUUGCAUCUGUUAGAACUAUGCCCAAGAGGUCAUUCGGAUUUAAGUGUCUGAAGUAACUUGUGCUACAACAACAACAACAACAACAACAACAAAAAGAUCAUGAGCGUUUAGGACUUUAUUUCAGCUUAAAAAAUGUACAUUUUGGAGAAACCACGAAGGGAGAGAAGCACAAAGGGGAAAGGCCUUUGUAGGUCUUUUCCAGUUUGCAAACGUGGCUCUCCGGGCCUCAGCGCACAUGCAGGCUCCGUCACAGCCACUCCCCUGCGUCCCACGUCUUCCAGUCAGUGGUGCUUUCUCAGACGACCUGGGUCCUCCUUGUCUGCCAGGGAGGUGUCGGCCUGCUCCUGGAGGACACGCUUCUGGGCCCUGCUUGCCCCUCACUUGUCCCUCACGGCUGAGGAAUUGCUUGUCUGUUGGGGGAUACGCAACAAAGCACGUGGUGGAGGGCCUGGAACCCCGGACACUGUACAGGUUUCGGCUGAAGGUCACCAGCCCCUCUGGAGAGUAUGCGUACAGCCCCGUGGUCACCGUGUCUACAACCAGAGAACCCAUCAGCAGCGAGUAUUUCCAUCGAGCUGUCAAUGUGAAUGAUGAAGAUUUGCUGGUUCGACUACUUCAAGGAGGCAACGUGAAGGUCGAUGUCCCCAAUAAGUUUGGCUUUACGGCGCUGAUGGUCGCUGCCCAGAAAGGGUACACUAGGCUCGUGAAAAUCCUCAUUUCUAAUGGCACGGAUGUGAACAUGAGGAACGGAAGUGGCAAGGACAGCCUGAUGCUGGCAUGCUAUGCGGGACACCUGGAUGUCGUGAAGCAUCUCCGACGGCACGGUGCUUCCUGGGAGGCCAGAGACCUGGGCGGCUGCACAGCUCUGCACUGGGCCGCAGAUGGGGGCCACUGCAAUGUGAUUGACUGGAUGAUAAAGGACGGCUGUGAGGUGAAUGUGGUGGACGCUGGCUCGGGCUGGACCCCGCUCAUGAGAGUCUCCGCGGUCUCCGGAAACCAGAGUGUGGCCUCACUGCUCAUUGAAGCUGGAGCCGACGUGAAUGCGAAAGAUAAAGGUGGAAAGACACCCCUAAUGGUGGCAGUGCUAAACAACCACGAAGAGUUAGUCCACUUACUUCUCGACAAAGGGGCAGAUGCAAGCGUGAAAAACGAGUUCGGCAAAGGCAUCCUCGAAAUGGCCCGAGUUUUUGACAGACAGAAUGUACUCUCCUUAUUAGAAGAAAGGCAGCGAAAGCAGAUGCCUAAGAAGUCGUCGGUCCCGUCUGCCCGCUGACCCGGGCGCUGCUCCUCUCCAAAAGCCGAGUGACACGAAGCAAAACGUGACUGUUGAACUAGACAGAUGAAAUACUGCGUCUUUGAGGGCUAUGCAUUUGAUUAUUUAUUUAGUUGAAGACUCACAGUGACUUUUGUAACGUACAACUGUUCCCGCUUUGAAAUACAGCUUUUCACCUAAACACGUGAGACUGGUGUCAUCACUGGGCGUCCGCAGGACGGGGAUGUUUUCUUGCACUUGUGCCUCUCGGAGUUAGACAUGAAACAAAAUAUUUAUGUACUGGAGCUGCACAAACAUACACGGGUC